GACUAUUUCAGCCAGCCAAGAUGACGAGCGUGAAUGUCAAUUCUACAAAUCAAAAUGAUGAUAGAACUGCAGACGAGAAUCGAGAGAUGAUGAGGUGCUACUUACCCCUCCUUGCCCCUAUCUAUAUCCAAUCCAGUAUGUCGUGGUUUAGGGCUGAAGUUGCUUUUCUCUGGUGGUGAGAUGUCCCAUAUUCCUUCCUCUAGCAAAGACUGGGCUACUCUCGUACCUUUAACCUCCGCUUGACUCCCAUAAUUACUCUGGAAUUAAGAGAACCAUAACAUGAUGAUCCCAGCGAUUGUUUCACUCUUUUUCUGGUUGUUCCCCGCGUCCGCCGCACCAAUUGUCCAGACCGAGCCCGCCUACGAGCCAGACCCAACCCAGCGAGGGACGUUUUCUCUGGUAUGGGGCUGUAUUAGCACGCUGGGUCUUUGCAUCUGGACGGCAAUGCAUCCGAAUGUGGUGCCGAUGCGAAGGAAGUUCCCACCAGUCUACUACAAAGCGACGUUGAUGGUGGGUGCGAUCAUUUUCCCCGAAAUCAUGAUGUGCAUGGCCAUCGCCCAGUGGCGGCUCGCGAGAAAGGUUCAUAAAGCCUGGCAGGAAGCUUGGAAAGGCGAAGUCGAUGGUGUCAACAAUGGUAAAGAAUGGCUUGGGAUGGCUGGUGCCUAUUUCGUUGUGAUGGGAGGCUAUAUCGUCCAGCCCACCCCAGCGUCGAACCAAGGGGACAACAAUGCUCCUGAGAAUCAACCGCUGCUGAAACAUCCCAAAGCAUCGAGCAGACCCCAGAAACAGGAAGGAGAACUGGUGACCACCAUAACAGCACAAGGGUUCAUGGCUCUUCUGAAGAAUAAUUUCAAGAAUGACAUCCGUUCGGGGCAACUGCAGCAAGCCCAAUUUGACCAUUUCAUCAUCGAGGACAAGGGAAAAUCGAGCACCGUCGCCAAAACCAUCGUGACUCUCCAGGUUCUCUGGAUGAUUGUGCAAAUCGGAGGCCGGGUCCGCGAGGGUCUCCCAGUCACCCUCCUCGAAGCCAGUGUUGCCGUCCAGAUCCCAUACUCGAUCAUCUCGUUCUUCUUCUGGUGGAAUAAACCAUUGGACGUGGGCGAGCCGAUUGCGAUUACAGUUGACAUAAACAGCCUACGCCCCUUGGAUCACAAUCAAACACAAACUCCACCUGAACCACAUUCUCCUCGUGCACUAUUCAUCACCGAAAACAUAUCCCAUGAUUCGUUCCUGCACAUGGUCUUUCGCGCGGCUUAUGAUGUUGUGUAUUAUUUCGAUCAACGGCUCGAAUUCUUCUCUGCCAUAACUGCGAUUAUCAACGGUGGCCUCCAUGCCACGAUGUGGAACGCCUACUUCCCCACACCCAUUGAGCGCCUCCUCUGGCGGACAGCAUGCAUCGGGAUGGGACUCUGUCCCGUGAUAUAUUACUUCCUUGUCCGGGGCCAAGGCUUCGAACGGCGUCUCCAGCAAGCCACGUUCGGUAUCAGGAAUGUGAGCGGUGUUCUCAAGCAACAGAUCGCCAUCAUCAAGUUUGUAUGGGAUUUCUGUAAGGAGUUUGUGGGUGGGGAGAAGAGAAAGUGUCACUCGGUUUGCGGCCGGAUUGCACACGUGAUUCUGUUGGGACUUGUGGUGGAUGCGUACGUUAUGUGCAUUUUGUACCUGACGGUUGAGUCGUUUGUUAGCUUGAGGAAGCUGCCAGUGGGGUCGUACACGUUGGUGGAGUGGUCUAGUAUUAUCCCUCAUUUCUGAGCUUGGGGAGUGUGGAAACGUCAUAC